UCUCAUGAAUAAAUAAAAUCUUAAAAAAAUAAUUUUAAAAAAGUUAAUAAGAUGACAAGCUCCUCUUCUACAUUACAAAAUUCCAUUGAAAUAAAAUUUUAAGUUUCUCAAAAAUUAAAAACAGGAAUCUGUUUUCUCAAAACUCAACAGACUUGUAAAAUCUACAACCUCAUAGAACAUCCAAAGUAAAUGUAUUCCUUGUCAAAGUGCUGGAAUGAUGCCAAAAUCAAAGUCCGGAAAGGUCUGGAGAUUAAAUUUUGAAUUAGCUAAACCAAGGCCUGCAGAGUAGCUGCUUUUUUCAGAUGUUUUACUCUUUGACUCAGGUGCUACUUUGUAUUAACAGAAAAUUACUCCAAAUUUGUUGUUUUUCAAAGAACCAGUCUUUGACUUAUUGACCAAUUUUUACCAGAGUUCUAUAUUGUAAUGUAUUGAUUUCUGCUUUAAACAUUCAUUCCUUAUGUUUUCUUGAGGGCUUUUUUUUUUUUUUAACCUUUUACUGUAGAGAUUUUCAUCUAUGCAAAAGUAAAAUGAUGUAAUGAAUCCACAUUCAACAUUUGUGAAAUUCCUCCAAUCUUAUUUCAUCUCUACCUCCACUGUUAUUUUACCUACCCCACAAUGGUAUUUCUAAAGCAGAUCAUCAUUUCAUCAAUACCUAAGCAUUUCUAACAGGUAUCGUCCACAUCAUCCUUGCCAGCAGGGCCUGAUGCUGCCCUCCAUCUGACCAGGAGGCUCACCCCCAGAGACCCGCCCUACCUCUUGCUGUGGCAGAGCCAUGGGGCCCAGGAGCCACCGCCUCAGCCUCGGCUUCUCUGUCUCCAGCCUGGGCCUUCUGUUUCUGUUCUCACCACUUCCAGGGUGCUUGGGAGCCGAGGGCAGGCUGGCUCACAAGCUGUUCCGUGACCUCUUCGCCAACUACACAAGUGCUCUGAGACCUGUGGCGGACACAGACCAGGCUCUGAACGUGACCCUGGAGGUGACAUUGUCCCAGAUCAUUGACAUGGAUGAGCGGAACCAGGUGCUGACCCUGUACCUGUGGAUCCGACAGGAGUGGACAGAUGCCUACCUACGAUGGGACCCUGAUGCCUAUGGUGGCCUGGAUGCUAUCCGCAUCCCCAGCAGUCUCGUGUGGCGACCAGACAUCGUACUCUAUAACAAGGCGGACGCCCAGCCGCCGGCCUCCGCCAGCACCAACGUGGUUCUGCGGCACGACGGCGCCGUGCGCUGGGACGCGCCGGCCAUCACGCGCAGCUCGUGCCGCGUGGACGUGUCCGCCUUCCCGUUCGACGCGCAGCGCUGCGGCCUGACGUUCGGCUCCUGGACGCACGGGGGGCACCAGCUGGACGUGCGGCCGCGCGGCGCCGCCGCCGGCCUGGCCGACUUCGUGGAGAACGUGGAGUGGCGCGUGCUGGGCAUGCCGGCGCGGCGGCGCGUGCUCACCUACGGCUGCUGCUCCGAGCCCUACCCCGACGUGACCUUCACGCUGCUGCUGCGCCGCCGCGCCGCCGCCUACGUGUGCAACCUGCUGCUGCCCUGCGUGCUCAUCUCGCUGCUCGCGCCGCUCGCCUUCCACCUGCCCGCAGACUCGGGCGAGAAGGUGUCACUGGGCGUCACGGUGCUGCUGGCGCUCACCGUCUUCCAGCUGCUGCUGGCAGAGAGCAUGCCGCCGGCGGAGAGCGUGCCGCUCAUCGGGAAGUACUACAUGGCCACCAUGACCAUGGUCACAUUUUCCACGGCACUCACCAUCCUUAUCAUGAACCUGCAUUACUGUGGUCCCAGCGCCCGACCAGUGCCAGCCUGGGCCCGGACCCUCCUGCUUGGACGCCUGGCACGAGGCUUGUGCGUGCGGGAACGAGGGGAGCCCUGUGGGCAGGCUAGACCACCGGAAUCAUCCCCCAGUCCCCGACCUCCUGACGGAGGGGCUCGCCCUCCAGCAGUUCCUUGCCGUGAGCCCCGGUGUCUGUGCCGUCAGGAAGCCCUGCUGCACCACGUGGCUACCAUUGCUAACGCCUUCCACAGCCACCGGGCUGCGCAGCGCCGCCAUGAGGACUGGAAGCGGCUGGCCCGUGUGAUGGAUCGCUUCUUCCUGGGCAUCUUCUUCUCCAUGGCCCUGGUCAUGAGCCUCCUGGUGCUAGUGCAGGCCCUGUGAAUCCCCGGGGUCUGGUGCAGCCACGGCACCUCCAGAGACGGAUGGAGAAGCCCGGUGGUUGUUGGCUCUCGGACGGGCCACCCGGUCUCUCCCCACUGUGCUUAAGAGCCUGGGACACCCUCUCUUCAGGAUCAGCGAGGCUGACCUCACAAACUACAGGGACCGCUUGUCUGUGUACCCUAAACUCUAAGGGAAAUCCAGAGCUCACCACUCCCCUAAUUCCUCCAGAAGAGGAACUCUAAGAAGGGUCAUGAUCAGAACGCAGUCCUGGAGGGACAGAAUUGAAUUUUGAUGCUGCGUGUUAGAGCUUUUGGUGGCAAGAAUGCAGGUUAUAUAAGAAACAGAACUACCAUGGGUCCUUGUCUUCUCUUCCUUCCUCGGCAGCUCUUGUGUUAGGGACUUGAGCUUGCCCAACAUCCCUCCCUAGGGACUCAGUGAAGGGGAUCCAGGAUUCAUUCUCUAGUUUCCAGAGCAGGAGGCCACACAGGAUUUGGUCCCAAAGCCCCAACUCAUAAUAAAGAAAGUGUGUGCCUAGCA